GCCCGCCCCGCGCCGGGGCUCGCCCGACCAUUGGCGCGCCCCGCGCCCCGCCCCGCCUCGCGGACAGGCCCCACUCCCGCCCCGGCCCCCGUCCCAAGCAUUGGCCCAGAGGCCGCGAGGGCGGGUUCGGCGGCGGGCACUUCCGGCCGAUGGCCGGGCCUGGUGCGCGCCGCCCCUUCCGCCGCCGCCCCCGCGAUUCCCGAGACCCAGCUCCAGCCCCAGCCCCAGCCCCGGCCUGGCCGCCCCGGUGUCGCCUUGGAGAGCGGCGGCAGCUGACUCCGCGUUUACGACCCGCUGAGAACCGCGUGCCCCGCCGCCGUUAUGAACAUCCGCAAUGCGAGGCCGGAGGACCUAAUGAACAUGCAGCACUGCAAUCUGCUGUGUCUGCCGGAGAACUACCAGAUGAAAUACUACUUCUACCAUGGCCUUUCCUGGCCCCAGCUCUCUUACAUCGCAGAGGAUGAGAACGGGAAGAUUGUGGGGUACGUCCUGGCCAAAAUGGAAGAGGAUCCAGAUGAUGUGCCCCAUGGACAUAUAACCUCGCUGGCUGUGAAGCGUUCCCACCGACGCCUCGGCCUGGCUCAGAAGCUGAUGGACCAGGCCUCCCGAGCCAUGAUAGAGAACUUCAAUGCCAAAUACGUCUCCCUGCAUGUCCGGAAGAGUAACCGGGCCGCCCUGCACCUCUAUUCCAACACUCUCAACUUUCAGAUCAGCGAAGUGGAGCCCAAGUACUACGCAGAUGGGGAAGAUGCAUACGCCAUGAAGCGGGACCUCACCCAGAUGGCCGAUGAGCUGAGGCGGCACCUGGAGCUGAAGGAGAAGGGCAGGCACGUGGUGCUGGGCUCCAUCGAGAACAAGGUGGAGGGCAGAGGCAACUCCCUUCCAAGCUCGGGAGAGGCCUGUCGUGAGGAGAAGGGCCUGGCUGCUGAGGAUAGCGGUGGGGACAGCAAGGAUCUCAGCGAGGUCAGCGAGACCACAGAGAGCACCGACGUCAAGGACAGCUCAGAGGCCUCUGACUCCGCCUCCUAGAGCCUGCACUUGCUCCUCUCCCCACCCUGACGUGCCCAUUCUGUCCUCGCUGCCCCUCGAGGUUUCACAAUAAACUUCACCCGGUGGCCUUGGGGA